AUGAAUUACAUAAUCAUGAUGUUUAGUGAUGAGACUCUGACCUUUCUCCGAAAUUCCACGGAAUAUUCCGAGUUUGUUGAAGAUUUUAUUCUUGAUACUUACAACAUUAAACUCAGAGAAGAUAUUGUUCCUGACUUUUGGGGAAACUUUGAUGUCCCUGCAAAUCUGGAUUGCAAAACCGGUUUCGACAAGUUCGAACGCGCAGUGACGCAACUCUACGCGGGCGCUGCGUCAUUCGCCCCUGGUAUUCAAGAACUUACAAGGAUUCGAACAUUAACACAGAAUUCAAACCGAACAAUCUACGGGUUUUCAGAUCUUGAAGAUGUAAUUAAACUUCAGAUUAAGGGUAGUCUGUUAGCCCAACUACCAGCCAACUAUCUAACUCUGGUAAAACUAUUCUACAGUCAAGCAUUUCUAGUCUACUAUACCAGCGUAGACAAGAAACUAGCGGAGGAACUAGAUGAGGAUCUUAGCUGUGAAGGAUGUUAUUACUCGACAGAUCUUUGUAUUUGUUCUUUAAUCCUUCAAUCCUUCCAUCAGGUGAACCAGAUGCUGGGGGAUCUAGGUUUACUACGGAGAAUAAGUCAGCAGGCUGUACUGGAGAUCCUGAAGGAACGAAUAUAUACUCAUGUACAAGAAUCUUGCAAAGGAUCAUUUGAGGAAUCGUACCUGGAAAAGCUGGUACGGUGGUUGGAGGACUCUGGUAUGGGUUGGAUCAGAUCAAUCUACUCCUCCUCUAGAACCUUCUCCAACCCAACCUACCCCACCUUCUCUACCCCGCCCUCUCCACACUUCAAGUCCUCUGACUCCCCUGAGAUAUCUGAGUACCGUGAGAAGUUGCAUCAGCUUGUGUUUGAAACAUAUACCAGAGCCAGGAUAGAUCAAUUAUAUAAUAUUAUUAUUGAGUUUCCUGACUCCCAGCCUGCUCUAGAGGAUCUUAGGGAUUGUCUGGUUAAAACCAACCUUAGGAACUUUCUUACUACCAACCUUAGACAGGUUCUGGAUGCAAAACUUCUUCAUCCUGGUGUUAACACUGGAGAUAUCCUUACUGCCUACAUCGCUGCAAUCAGGGCGCUUCGUGUCCUGGACGGCAGCGGUGUUAUCCUAGAGUUGGUCUGUGUCAAUGUGAGGAAGUAUCUGAAGACGAGGGAGGAUACCGUCAAGUGUAUUGUGGAGUCCUUGCUCGACGAGUCCGCCAUGGAGCUCAGGGAGGAGUUGAUGAAGGCUGAAGGUCUACAGCUAGAUGAUAAUAUGGAGGACGAGGAUGUCCAGGAGGGUUGGGAACUCUGGGAACCUGAUCCAGUGGAUGCAGAUCCUAAUAAGGUGUCCCGGGGUCGUAGGUCCGCAGAUAUCAUCUCCAUGCUGGUCAAUAUAUACGGAAGCAAGAAGAUAUUCGUGAACGAGUACAGGAGCAUGCUCAGCAACCGUCUCCUCACCCGGCUCAGCUAUGAGACUGAGAAGGAGAUCAGGUACCUGGAGAUGCUGAAGCUUAGGUUUGGAGAGAUGAGAGAUGAUUCUCUGGUUCAGUGUGAGGUUAUGCUCAAGGAUAUCACGGAUAGUAAGAGGAUAAACUCACAUUUACACUCCGAGGACAGUGGAUGCCCGGAGCUAAUCACUCAAGCUAUCGGAGUCAAUGCUCUAAUUCUCUCAUCCUACUUCUGGCCUCCGUUCAAGACCAGCGAACCUGUAGAGCUUCCGGAACAGGUUAAAGAUGCUCUUGCGGUUUACACAAAAGCGUUCCAAACUCUUAAAGGAAUGAGAACUUUAGAAUGGAACUCUGGGUUUGGAACGGUUCACAUGGUCUUGGAACUUGGAGACAAGAAAGUUGAACAUCGAGUGAGUCCUGUCCAUGCAGCAAUCAUUGUUAAAUUCCAAGAGAGGGAGGAGUGGAGUAUGGCAGAUCUCUCCUCCGCCAUUAAGGUUUCCUCCGCCACUGUCCGCCAGAAAAUGAGUUACUGGUUGAGUCAGGGUGUUCUUAAUGAAAUAUCUCCGGAUACAUUCAGCCUAGUGGAGGAGGGUCAUCAGCGCAGACCUUCCGGUCAUUCUAAUCCGUCCCAGCGUAUGGAUGGGAUGGAUGAGGGGGAUGGGGAGGAGUAUACAUCAAGUAGAUCUGACCAGAAGGAUGCAGAGCUAUCAGUUUUCUGGUCUUAUAUCGUUGUCAUGCUUACCAACCUGGACUCCCUUCCCAUAGAGGAGAUUCAUCAGAAACUUAGAAUAUUUGCCAUGCAGGGACCAUCAGCUGGUGAGUGUGAUGUAUCUGAGCUCCGUGAAUUCCUAGAUUCUAAAGUUAGACAACAGAAACUAUCCUUCUCAGGGGGACAGUAUAGACUACCUAAAUGAUAAUUUAAUCUUAUUGAAAGAUUGGGAUCAUGCCGCCCCCCCCCCUUUUCGUUAUGCUUAUGUAAGGAUAAAUAAUGUGUAUGUUAUGUAAACUGUAAGAUCAUCCUUUCUGUUAACAUAAUUUAUAUUGUUUAAUUUCAGAAAAAA